AUGGGUGCACUGCUCGUGACACUGCUGCAGUGCCGCAACAACCAGUCUCUCUACCCGAACCUCAGCGCCACACAGCACAAUCAUCAUGUUUCGUGUCGGCAGCCGUGCUCGGUGCCGCUGCUGGCCGAUGCGCGCGCCUACGGCCGGCAAUCACACCAGCAUAACUCGCUGACGACCUCGACCACCGCCACGAUACCGACUGGCGCGGCGGGCGAUGAGGUCGCUUCUCGGCCACCGGUGGCGAGGCGCACGUCGCCCACUAACGGAGACACCCCGUCCUCAGUAUCCUUCGCCGGUGCUGGGCGUGAUAUGCGAGGAGCUGACAAGCAACCCGUCACCCUUUCCAAGGUCUGCAGGGGCGGAGGCGCCACGGGUGCCGCCACGGCCGAUGCCGACGGCGAUGCAGCAGCCGUCGUCUCACGUCUGCUGCCUGAAGGCCUGCUCGCCACCAAUCCAACGCCGACGCCGCCCUCCACCGAUCCGUUGUAUCCGCAGCUACAGGACCAUGCGGCAGGGAAGCCGGCGGUGGACAACGCUCUCUGCACCAGCACACUCCCCACAGUCCCACCGUUGUCAUCAGCAGGGAUAGCGAGCUCCCCCUCGGCCACCCCGCCGACGCAGCCUCAAAACUUCCCCUCCCUGCCCUCCACAACGGCGUUCAUGCCCAGUGCCACGGCCGCCGCCCCUCUGGCACUGACCGCUCCGCCGAAGAGGCAGUGCAGCAACAGCGCGGAGUCGCCCCCCACCAUGCUGUUCCCCGCGACCUCGACGCCGACCCUCGCGCCGGCCGGUGGGCUGACCCUUACGUCGCAGAAUACGUCUGUGGCGAAGGGCUGCGACACCGUGAGGCGGACAGCCUUGCCAGGUGGCAGCGCUGCCGCUGCGAGGACGGACGAAGCAAACGACGCGGGCGGCGACGUCGACAUGGAUGACGACGAGCUUGGCCCGAUGGACUGCGCAGACGCCUUUCAGUACUUCUUCGACGAAGACGAAGGGGUGUACCGGGACGUCGAGAGCAUCGUCUACGUGGCGCCGCAGGUGGCGCGUGUGUCAAUGCCCGUGUUGCGCGACUACUACCUAAGCCUGCGUACGACUCUGUACACGGAGAAGUCGUCAGCGGCGCUGACUGCGCCAACGGUGCCACCGCUGCUAGGUGGCAGCAUGGCACCUACCAUCCCCGGCAUAUUUCUGCUAGGCGCCUCCGCGAACGCACGCGGCAGGGACAUGGCGAUCAAGAUGGCCGCGUGGUCUCCGACGCAGCCGCCACCGCAACGGCAGGCAUCGAAAGCGCCCUGCUGCCCUCAGCAAACUCCGUUGGCCCUCCAUGAUGAGCUGCGCGCAAGCAUAACACGCGCGCUCCUGGAGACGGGCGAGGGCCUUGACGACAACGCGCACAACGCCGCGACGGCGAACGAUGUGGCGGCGGCAGAUACCCCGUCGGGGCUGCAGUCCGGUGCUGGACGCUUCGUCUCACUGGUGGAGGAGAUGGCGGCCGCGUGCCGCCGCAUCAGCGCCGCACCGUUCGUCUGCUGGCGCAGCAUUGAUCGCGUGACAGCGCUGCCGCCGGAGAACCCGCUGUGGCGGCGCCUCCACAACGGCGGCGGCCGGGUGGACAACGCACGCGGCGAGGUCGAGGACGACACGUCGUGCGCGCCAGUGAGCGAUGCACCGCGCAAGCGCAGCUCGCACCCCGCCGCGCUCCCAGACGGUGAUGGCAGCAGCGGCACCGAAGCUCAUCCACCGUCGUCGCAGCACCCGUCCGAGUCACCGUCGCUCUACUACCUUGGCCCGCAGCAGUACAUGACCGCGGCUGUAUGGUGGUCGCGCGUGGAGGCGUUCGGUUUCGGUCUUCGCAGCAUGGGCCUGCGCCCUGGUGACCUGAUAGGCAUCGUUGAGGACACGCGAUGGGAGUGGCUCGUCACGUGCUACGCGGCUUGGAGCGUCGGGCUUGUUGUCGUGGUCUUCGAUAGCUCGGCGCGGACCAUGGCACGGGUCGCCAUGGACACCGCCCCCGAUAUGAAGGCACUCGUGUGUGGCCCCACGGUGCAUCGCGACUUGCGCCGGCACUACGACGCUGCCGCCGCCGCGGCCGCAGCUGCGGCUCGAAGCGCUCGCGCACCAGCCCCCGCUACACCCACGACAGCAAACGACACGAAGGACUACCACGGCGGUGGGGAGGACACGGACCAACACCCUCAUGGCGCAUGCGCGAGCGGCGACGCAGCGGCCGCGGCAUGGGCGGACCAACGUGGCAAGCACGACAGUGCUGCCGGGGCGACCGCGCUGUCCGAGCGCGCUUCGGCGAAGCCGCGAACGAAACAGCCUGCACCCUCACCCAUGUUUAUCGUCAUCCGCUCUGCCGGGCCGCCGCGCGGCGGCCGCAGCGACGGCGACGACGGCCACACGUCGGCGACGACACGCGCUAGCGCGACAUCCGCCGCGGCGCCGCGGCCUUGGUGGUCACGCACGAGCGUGCACGAGCGGCAGCCGUCGCACCAGGCGCACGGCGUGGCGGCGGAGGGGCACGAUGACAUCGUGGACGAGGAGGAGGAGGAGGAACUUUGGUGGAGCGACGUGCUCAUGCAUGGCGAGACGAAACUCAAGGCGUGGCGUCAAGGCAAGUUGCGAGAACGGCGGCUGCAGCAGCAGGCCCGUCUCCGUCACCUGAAGCCGCAGCAACGUGGCGCGCGUGCCGCUGGCGCCGGCGUUGGUGGUACUGCGGUUGCGUCCUCCCCGCCGUCAAGCGCCUCCCUCCGUCGUCCUCGCUUAUGUGGCGGGCUUGGCACGGAUGACCUGCGCGACGCCGCGUCCGCGGCGGCAGCCUCGCAGGACGGGAGUGCCACGUCCGUGGCCACCAGCGCCAAACCCGGCCCCACCGAGGCCGUCAGUGAUAGCGGUAUAACGACACCGCACGCGACGUCCUGCACAGCGAGCACGGCUCCCGUCAUACUGGUCGGUGCCGCCGCCGCCAAGGAUGCGGCAAGGCGCACGUCGGUGCCGCUUCGAGAAAGGAGUACGCCAGCCGGGUCGCCUCCGCGCGGGAGCGGCAGUCGCUCUCUAAGCGCGCUGCCAGCAGCAUCGACUCUGGCAGGCAGCGCCCCAACGAUCGCCGCGCCGCUGAUGAUCAUCGAUGACGGCCCGCCGCAGCUGCCACUCGCACCUCUCCAGCCAGGCGACCUCGCCUUCAUCCUCUACACCGAAGGAGAUCCCAAAGGCGUCCUCCUCACGCACGGUGCCGUCAAGGCAUCCGUGGCUGCGCACCACGAAUACCUUAACUCGACCGACGUCGACGGCGACGACGGGCUGCGUCGCGUGGCUGGCGGGGGCGACGCGCUUACCGGCACGGCGACCACCAGUAAAAACAGCGGCAUCACCGCAGAGACCACCGGGCGUGGUGGACAGAGCAGCAGUCGCAUUGCCCGCUACACGACGGCCUACAUGCCCGCGCUGCGCUCCCGCACAGCGCCAGCUGGGCGGCCGUCGUACAUGGCAUACCUCCCUCUCCACGACAUCUGUGAAUUCGUGGCAGAGAUAGCAUCGCUUCUGCGCGGCCUCCUCGUGUGCUACGGCACGCGCCGCACGCUCUUCGACACGUGGGCACGUCCGCACGGCGACCUCACCGAGUACAAGCCCACUAUCUUUCCCGCUCUGCCGGCGACACUGGCGCGCCUGCGCCGCACCGUUGAAUCGAUGGUGUCCACGGGGUAUCGCCAGCUGUUGUUUGAAGCCGCCUACGAAGCGCGGCGGCAGGCAAUGCGGCGCGGGUUGCACACACCGUUCCUGCUCUCCACCAUCUUCGCUCCCUCGCGCAAGCUGCUCGGUGGCCGCUGUCGCCUCGUGCUUGUCCGUGGCGGGCCUGGCGCCGCCGCACUGCACCCACGGGACCAAGAGUACGUCGAGAUCGUGUGCGGCGCGUCCCUUGUCCAGUCGUACGGUGUUGCGGAGACUGCCGGCUGCGGACUGCAACAGGCGUACUGCGCGACGCAGCUCGACUCGAUCGGCGGCCCGCUGGGACCGGUGCACGUCAAGAUGCGCGACGUCUUCGCCACCAGCGCCACGUUCGUUGGCCGCGCCGCCACCGCCGCGGCCGUCGCGAGCGGUGGAUGCAGCCCUGGUUGGAGCGGCUGGACCCACCACUCAGAGCGGCCAACGGGUGAGCUACUGCUGCGCGGCCCCACCAUCAUGGCCGGAUACUACCGGCAGCCGGAGAGGACGGCGGCGGUGCUGGAGAAGAGCGGCUGGCUGCACACCGAGGAAGUCGUAGAGCGCUGCCCGGACGGCUCUCUCCGCCGCAUCGCCUCCCUGCGCCCGCACCACGCCACGACCAGCAACGGCCACUGCAUCGCCCUCGAGCCACUCGAGGCGCUCUACGCGCAGCACCCGCUCUGCCUGGAGGGCGGGGUCUGCGUGCUGGUGCAUCCGUAUCGGCGGUACGUCUGCGCUCUCGUCCUAACCGAUGAGCACCGCCUGCGCGACUUUCUUCAGACAACCGCCGCGGCUGCUGCAACACUGCCGUCGCCGCACUCUCAGCCGAGUUCGCCCACCUCGCCGCUGCCGUCGUCGCCCGCACCGCAACGGCUGCUAACCUGGGCUGCGCUCGCCGGUGGGGCCUGGCCACAGUGCCUGGGCGAUCCGGCGCUGAACCAGGCCGCCGCCGCCUCCCUCGCGGCGUGGGCGACGCAGCGCGGUGAGGCCGCCCCGCACGAGCGCGUGCGGCAUGUUCGCGUCCUGUACGAUGUGUGGGAUGUUGCUCAUCACACACGCACCGCGACGGGGCGGUUGCUCCGCCCUGCGAUCCACUAUCGCUACAGCGGCGUCAUCCAGGAGCUCUUCGCGGACGAGGACUGA